AUGGAAGAACACACUGUCAAAGUUCUGCUGCUCGGCGACGAGAAUGUCGGAAAGACAACAUUUCUAUCCCGCAUCAGCAAGGGCGGGAAUGCGCUCGACGGAAAAUGUGAAAUUACUCUGUUACGAGACGUAGAUCAGCCUUUCAUCUUCGAGCUCCGCAACAGGAGAAGAGCAUAUCGUCUUGAAUUCUACGAUACUAGUUAUCCCGGUGACUGGCGGUCACUGGACCCAGACCUGAUUCUCAUAUGCUAUGAUAUCAGCCAGAGGCUAAGCUUGAUCAAUAUGGAACGAGUUUGGAUCAAAGAGGUCCAUAGUACAUUUGAAACGGGCGAUCGCAUUCCUAUAAUGGUGGUCGGUCUGAAGAGAGAUCUCAGAUCCGAAACCGAUCCGAAUGGCAUCAUCUAUCCUCAAGAAGGAUACAAGGUGUCGCAAGCGAUGAGGGCAGAUAGGUACGUCGAGUGUUCAGCGGUGACGGGUGAGGUGCUCAAGUUGGCGUUUGAGGAUAUCUGCAAUACGGCCGCACAGACCAGGAGUGCAGCAGGCGGGCAGAGCGAAGGCGGCUGCGUCCUGAUGUAG